CCUAGCUCUGUGAGGUUUGCGGUCAUUGCUGGCUGGUGUUUGUGUAGGAAGACAGCUCCUCUCACCAGCUGUCACUUCUGACCCGCCCAGCUCCCGGGCCUCUGGCUUUGGCUUUGUGCUGAGGCGCCAACACAUCUACCAUCCUCUCUCUGACGGAUCGCAGACCUCCCCGUUCCUGUCUCCUGGAACCAUGUCUCUGGUAAGCAAGAAUGCGUGCCACCGCAGCGCAGAGACCACUGCAGAUUACAGCGACUUCCAAGGUGAGAUGCAGGCUACUGAUGUCUCUGGGCUCCCCGCCUCCAUGAUAGUUCCUGAUGCCCCCCAGGGCCCUCAGGCGCCGGUCGACCCUCAGGUUGCCAGCGCUUCCCAGGCUGCGCAGGACCCGAAAGACCUCGAUGUGCUGAUUGAUGAGCAGUCCCGACGUUUGGGGGCGCUCAGGGUGCACGAUCCUCUAGAAGACAGGUCGAUUGCUUUGGUGAAUUUCAUGCGCAUGAAAAGCCAAAUCGAGGGGUCUAUUCAGCAGACAGAGAUGCUGGAGUUCCUCAAAGAAUACUCAGAUCAAUUCCCUGAGAUCCUCAGACGAGCCUCAGCCCAUCUGGAUCGGGUCUUUGGGUUGAAUCUGAGGGUUCUUGAUCCCCAAGCUGACACCUACAACCUAAUCAGCAAACGGGGUCUCCAGACCAAUGAUCGGAUAGCAGAAUCCCUGGACAUGCCAAAGGCAGGUCUCCUGGCCUUGGUCCUAGGUCACAUUCUCCUAAAUGGUAACCGAGCAAGAGAGACCUCCAUUUGGGAUCUGUUGCUAAAGGUUGAUGUGUUAGGUGAGCCCCAGAGGAUCAACAUCCCCUUUGGGAACACAAGGAACCUCCUAACUACUGACUUUGUACGUAUGCGAUUCUUGGAGUACUGGCCAGUUUAUGGCACUAAUCCUCUCGAAUUUGAGUUCUUGUGGGGUUCUAGAGCCCACAAAGAAAUCACAAAGAUGGAAGCCCUGAAGUUUGUGGCAGAGGCCCAUGAUGAAGAACCCUGGAGCUGGCCAGAAGAAUAUAAUAAGGCCCUAGAAGCUGACAAGGCCAAAGAAAGAAGCCAGGCUGCUGGCUUAGAGUUCUGGUCAGAAGACAUUAUGAAUGAUAAGGCAAAUGAUUUGGUCCAGUUGGCCAUUAAUGUCACAGAGGAGUUGCUACCUAUACAUCAGGAUGAGCUAUUGGCUCACACUGGCAAAGAAUUUGAGGAUGUGUUUCCAAAUAUCCUCAGUCGAGCUACUCUAAUACUUGAUCUGUUCUAUGGGUUCUCUCUGAUUGAGGUUGAUACCAGUGAACACAUUUACCUCCUUGUCCAGCAACCAGAAUCAGAAGAAGAGCAAAUGAUGCUAGAGAGCCUGGGGAGACCCACUCAAGAAUAUGUGAUGCCAAUCCUGGGUUUGAUCUUCCUGAUGGGCAACCGUGUCAAAGAGGCCAAAGUCUGGAAUUUGCUUCGGAGAUUUGGUGUGGAUGUAGGGAGAAAGCAUGCCAUCACCUGCAAACUUAUGAGACAGCGCUACUUGGAAUGCAGGCCACUCUCCUAUUCUAAUCCAGUUGAAUAUGAGCUUCUAUGGGGUCCUCGAGCUCACCUUGAAACCACCAAAAUGAAAGCCCUGGAGUACAUGGCCAGGCUCUACAGAAAGCAACCACAGGACUGGCCAGAGCAAUAUAGGGAGGCUGCUGAAGAUGAGGAGGCCAGAGCCAGAUCUGAGGCAACUGCCAUGUUCUUCUUUGGCCCCAUGUGAAGUCUGAGGGAAGUGUGUCACUUCAGUUAGGUGGCAUCAAUUAAAGGGGCCUGGGGAAAUGGGUACUGGGGCCACAAAUCAGAAAUUGGGCAGGGUUGGGGUGAAAAGUACACUUUGUGCUUGCUGUUAGUGUUCCAUUUCUAAUAGUAUUCUCUUCCCUUUAAUUUACCCUGAAUUAGAUUCAUGAUCAGUGUUUAAAAAUAGAAUUGCUCAUUUGUCAUUCCUGUCUUGUUUCAUUAUAAAAGUUCAUAUGUCUGCAUAAAAUGUAUUGGUAAUAUUUACAUCUUUCUAUGAUGUGGAAGAAAAUAUAUAGCUUUUCUUUAACCAUUUGAAAUAAUGAAAUGGUCCCAUACAGGAAUUAAGUAACAACAGUGAUAAUAUACACACAAGAAAAACAAACACAAAAUCAUUGGUCUGUUGAUGUUCUCCCAUCGUGUCUACUGUUUUAUUUUUUAAAAAUUACUGGCAUUUACCUGUAUUUGCUUUGUGGUUCCAGAGUGUAGUGAAAAAUAAAAGUUUAAUGAAUUAAA